AUGGUACUUGGAUUACACAGAAUGGCCCAGGAGCACAGAGAAAACAUACUGUGGACCCCAGUAUUAGCUCUUCACAUGCAAGAAACAGCAGGGGGCCCAGGCUUUGUCGUGGGCCUUCAAACCUCCUCCAGCUGCACCUGGCUCUUAACAGCACCUGUGUGCAAGGCCUCCAGCCAUUUUAGCUCUAGUUCAGACAUUGCCAUGGAGUUCCAGACUCACAGAGCCAACAACUUCACACUUCCAUUUGCAGAAGACCCACUUCCUUCAGCAGGGCCCAUGGAAGUGGAUCUUAAAGGGUGAGUAUCUACAGCCAAAUCAGGUUCCAAGCAAAAUGCUGUUACAGAUGUGACAGCAGAGGCCACAGUGGCAGGGGGCCUACUCAGGAAGAGAGAUGGUUUGCAUCAGUGUGGUAAAUCUGACAAAAUGGAGGCCAACAUGCCCUCCACAGCACCAGAAGAGUUCUUAGAGAAAUUAAAAAAGCAAGUUGAAAAGGAAUAA